GAUCGAACUGGUUGGAUUCGGGUUGAGAGUUGGGGAAACUCUUUGUGCACCGCGGGCGGGUUGCAGGACCCUGCGCCUCCCCCACCCACCCAAAAACCCUAACUUCUCCAUCGCUUAAUAAGUGGGGUUCGGGGUCGCCGCACUCGUUGGAACUCUCUCCCCUCUUCUCUCUUUUUUCUAGGGCUAGGGUUUCCGCCGCGAUCCGAAGAAAUGGCGGUUCCGUUGCUGGCGAAGAGGAUCGUUAAGAAGCGUGUCAAGAAGUUUAAGAGGGCCCAGAGCGACCGCAAGAUUUGCGUCAAGCCAAACUGGCGUAGGCCCAAGGGCAUUGAUUCUCGUGUGAGAAGGAAGUUCAAGGGAUGUACAUUGAUGCCCAAUAUUGGUUAUGGAUCUGACAAGAAGACCCGGCAUUACCUGCCCAACCAUUUCAAGAAGUUUGUGGUUCACAAUGUGUCUGAGCUGGAGUUGCUUAUGAUGCACAACAGGACUUACUGUGCUGAAAUUGCACACGAUGUCUCAACAAGGAAGCGCAAGGACAUCGUAGAGCGAGCUGCACAGCUGGACAUUGUUGUCACCAACAAGCUUGCUAGGCUUCGCAGCCAGGAGGAUGAGUGACCUCCUAGUUUGGGAAACUUCGACAUUUUAUAAUUAUCCAUAAUUUUGGUUUUGGAAGCUUAAGAUUCUCAUCGUGUAGGAGCUAUCCUGUAGGCAGAGAUAUUGGUUUGAGGUUGUCUAUCUAUCAUCUAAGUGGUGGCCGAACAUCAUUUCCCACCAGUACUGAUUGUUGCUCUUACUUUAUGCUUAUGCACUCUUCUGUAAUGUUUUUAUUGUUGAUGAUUUAACUUUGAAUGCUAUUGACGGUGCCGGUCAUGAGUAGAUCAUUCUGUUUUUUUC